CGAAGCCGGAAGCUCCACCAAGCACGCGCUUUCACAUUUAAAAGGUUUUUUUUUCUUCUCCUUUUGCGGGUAAGUUUUGGAAUCAAAUUUUGGCUUCGGCUCCAAGACAUCUCUCCCUAUAUAAUAACUUCUUCCCCCCCUGCCUGCUAUCAAAAUCACAAUCUGAAGAAGAAGAAGAAGGAAACCAAGAAAACAAAGGGAAAGAUUGAGAUCAAGAAAGAGAGAGAUAUGGGAGGAGGAACAGAAGCUUUUCCAGAUUUAGGAAGCCAUUGCCAAAACUCCGAUUGCCGCCGGCUAGAUUUUCUCCCCUUCCGAUGCGAUGCCUGCCACUGCGUUUUCUGCCUGGAGCACAGAUCUUACAAGUCCCACGCCUGCCCAAAAUCAGGCCGCACCGACAGGAAGGUGGUUGUGUGCCCCACGUGCUCCGCCUCCAUCGAGACCACCGGCUGCGACGGGGAAGCUGAGAAGGCCGCGCUGCAGCAGCACGAGAGUUCCGGCCACUGCGACCCGGAGAAGAAGAAGAAACCCACCUGUCCCGUGAGGCGGUGCAGGGCAGUAUUGACCUUUUCGAACAAUAGCUUUUGCAAUGCCUGCCAGCUCCGGGUGUGCCUGCAGCACCGGUUUCCGGCAGAUCACGGUUGCAAAGCGGGGCCCACUCGCGGCGGAUCACGGCCGAGAGGGGUUGAUGAGGAGAAGUUGCUGGUUGCUUUGUUUGUUGCAAGGCAUGGGAAGGGCUGUGGAGAGGAUAGCCAAGAUGCUCCUGAAUCUUCUCAGCCUAAAAGAACACCCUCUUCUGUUAAAGCUUGUUGAAAAAGAUUAUUUAAAUUUGAACCUGCUUUCUUUAUGUUU